ACAUAGAAGGCAGUGACUCAGCUGACUAUUUUGCGCACAAAAAGCAGAAGUUCGCAGAAAGCAGUUGUGGUUCAGCAGUGUUGAGAAGUGGACGAGUGCGUGUGGUGCAUUGCGGGGUUCCUAUACACGAAGCAUCCUUUCCUACUUUUUUGAAAAUCAUACCUUUGGUGAUAGUUUUCGUGAGAAAGUUAUUCAUGUGUGUAAGGAGCCGCAGCAUUUGCGGAGAAAUUGUUCUAUACGUAAACCUGCUUAAUGUAUGAUGCAUAAAUCUAUUGCGUGUCUUUGGACUCAAAUUAGAACGUUUUUAUAAAAUGAGUGAAGUGUCAGAGACUCUAAAAAAUAAGGUUUAUUUCGCUGCUCGUGAUGGGUGUGCUGUCCUUCUGUGCGCAAUUUUGUCAGAGAAAACGCCAGCAGAAGUACAAGAACUCCUUAAUCAACAGGUGAUAGAGGAAGAUGGACAGAAAUGUACACCUCUUAUUGUAGCAGCAAGACAUGGACAUGACAGGUUAGUCAAGAUGCUGCUUUCCAAAUGCCAACCUGACAUAGAGCAAGAGGGAACUGUGAAGUUUGAUGGCUAUGUUAUAGAAGGUGCCAGUGCAUUGUGGUGUGCCGCAGGAGCCGGCCAUCUAAAUGUUGUCAAAACUUUGGUUAAAUCAGGUGCUAAUGUUAAUCAUCCUACUAGAACAAAUUCAACUCCAUUGCGUGCAGCAUGUUUUGAUGGUCGGCUGGAUAUUGUGAAGUACUUAACAGAGCACAAUGCUGAUAUUCACAUAGCAAAUAAGUAUAAUAAUACUUGCUUAAUGAUUGCUGCCUAUAAAGGUCAUCUGGACGUAGUGAGCUUUUUGUUGGAAAAAGGUGCUAACCCAGAUGAAAAGGCACACUGUGGAGCAACAGCUUUACAUUUUGCCGCUGAGUGUGGACAUGUUGCCAUUGUCAAGGAGCUGCUGGACUAUGGUGCACUUAUAACAAAAAAUGAAAAUGGUAUGAGUCCACUGAUUGCUGCAGCUGAAAGAACAAGAGCAGAUGUUGUAGAAUAUCUCAUUACGAGGCCAGAAGUUUCUCGACAAGAGAAAAUAGAUGCAUUAGAGCUGCUGGGAGCCUCAUUUGCAAAUGAUAAAGAUAAUUACUGUCUUCAACGAGCUUAUUACUACUUACAUCAUACUAUGGAAAUGAGGUACAGUGAUCCAAAUGAUGUUGUGCAGAAGAAGCUCUGCAAACCAGUUCCAGCUUAUGAAAACUGGGUGGAAUGUCAAACACUAGAAGAACUGGAAGCCAUUCAGAAUAACCAAAAUGCUUUACAUAUGGAAUCCUUGGCGAUUCGGGAGAGGAUAUUGGGUACUCAUAAUCCUGAAGUGCCUCAUCCUGUUAUCUUUCGUGGGGCAGUCUUUGCAGAUAACGCUAGGUUUGAUCGCUGCAUUGAAUUGUGGCUCCAUGCUCUUCAUCUUCGUCAAUUAAAUAAAGUGUCAGUUGUCAAAGAUCUACUAAGAUUUGCACAGGUAUUUUCGCAGAUGGUUCAUGUUGGAGUUGAACUGACAUUUCCACACGUCGAAAAUGUGUUAAAUGCAUGUGUUAUUGAACUUGAAAGGAAUAAAGAAAAGAUGAUCAAUCCUGGUCCCAAGGAUGAUGUAGAGCAAGUAAUGGAAGAAUUUGAAAGCAACAUUACAACUGUUUUGUAUAUACUGGUCAUCAUAACAAAAUUAAUGAAAACAUGUACAAAAAAAGAAGAGUUUCGAGUAAACAGUUUAGUUUAUAGACUGAAUAAGUUGAAUGUAGCAACAAGAGAAGGAAAAACUUUACUACAUUUAUGUGUUGAUGCGGAAACACCCGUUGAUGAUUUCCAUACCAAUGAUGUAUGCAAAUUCCCCUGUGCUACAACAGCUAAAUUACUGAUUCAAUGUGGUGCAGAUGUGAACGCAAUGGACAGUAACAGAAAUACUCCAUUACACGUGAUAGUUAGCUAUCAGAAGCCAAUUAGUGACUUCUUGACGCUCCAUGCAAUUAUAAUGGAUUUGACUGAAGCUGGAGCUCAUAUGGACACAGUCAACAACCAUGGGGAAACACCGUUUCAAGCAGCAACAUCAGGUGUGGCAGAAAUAAUUCUGCGAACCCAAACAAAGUUAAGUUUAAAGUGCAUGGCUGCAAAAGCUGUGAAAUCUUUCAACCUGACCUAUCAAGGACAUGUACCACAGUCUCUGGAAAGUUUCAUUGAAUUGCAUGGGCCUGCAGUUAAACAAGGAUGACAUAAAUGAUGUUCCUAGGACAAAAUGCCUGCCAGGCACCAUUAGUGUGAAUUAAGUGUAAAAUCACGACUUGCCAAUUAUUUUUUACUUUUUUACAUUUGUAAAAAGUUUCAUAUUAGUGCACAGAAAAGUGACAAGACCUGAACUUUCAUUGUAGCCUAUUUACAAUGGAGUUGUGUGAGUGUAAGGACUUGUUUGAAUGUGAAUUACGGACAUCAUUUUUAAUUUAUUAUAAGUAAUGUUUGUGCUCUGCUGUUUGGAUGUAUGUACAUAGGAUUUGAAGCAGAAAAGGCCAGACAGAUAAACAGUAUGUAAUUUAUUGUAAGAAAUGUUUUUACAUGAAGUUUGAGUUAUUAUUGGUGUUGACGUAACUGUUUCUGUGAUAUUAUCUGAAGAUAAGUAGAUUAAUGGCAGCAUUUUUGAAAUGGAAUUGUCAGUCUUUAAUAGCAGAUUCUCUUGAAGUAUGUUGUUAACAUUCAACAUUGCUUUGCUCUUGCAUGAUAUACUGGAGCAAGUGAAAAAUAAAAAUCACUGUGAUACUAAAGCAAUGUUAUUUUACAAAGAUUCAUUAUUGGGUUCUUAUGAACUGUAUUUGAUUCAUUCUUGUAGAUUUUCAUCUCUUGUUUUUAAAAAUGGUGCAUUUCCCAUAUAGUGUUGGUAUUUUUACUCACUGAUCAGUACCCAUUGUAAAGACAUGCAGAGUCUUCCUUUUUUUUCUGAGCAUUUUGCAGAAAUAUUCUGUUUUGAAUGUUUUUUUACAGUGAAAUAGUGGUGCUGCGUGUAUUUUCAUAGGAUGGUGGUGACAUUUCUGUAUGGUUCUUAAACACGUGUACACUACGUACAUCGAAUUACCAGCAGAAAGAUCAUGAAUAUUCAUUCGAUAAUGGAACUGGAAAGCUUUCGCAGUUACACAUAUUUCAUAUUUUUCAUAAAUUUCUCUUGCACGUACUCUCUUUUUUUUUAAUUUUUUUUUUUUUUUUUUUAUGUGACAGAAGUAUUGACAAAAUGUCAUGUUGCUAUGCUGUAUCUGAUGGUUGAAAUUGGUUGAUGUGGAAGGAUUGAGAGGAAGGUGGGAGUCCAAUACAUCACAGAAAAAUUUGGGAUUUAGUGUGCGAUAUUGACACACACCCUGGUUACGAGGAAUUGCCUGGCCUAAGCUCUCCUACUCUUUGUUAGCUAAAUUUUGAUAAUGUUUCCACUGCUCAUACUUGAAAGUGUACUGUGUUGGAUUCCACUUAUCACAAAUACUUAAUAACAUUUGCAAUUAUUGCAUACUACACGUAAACUAUAUUAACAGUGCUGCAUCAUAUAAAAAACUUGGUACAGCCUCUAACUGGUCAGCUACUACGUUUGUAAAUUUUUCCUUACAAAUAUGGUGUUUUUAGUCUGUGAUGAAAACAAAAAUAAUUAUUUAGGUGCGGGCUUUGUUAGCUAUAGGUGUUACUGCUUUUAAAAAUAUGAAUUUCGGAUGUAUGUUCAUGUUGGUAACUUUAGUGUUACCAGUCGCAGUUAUUACAUUAUUAUCAACUUAAAACUAAAUGAAGUACUAAUGACAAUAGUAUCAGAGUUAAAAUUUUAGCUUGACUACAUAUAUGGCCUCCCCCCCCCCCC